UUUGCUGGUACUUUAGUGAAGUUGAGACGUAAAUGUUUACAUUGACUCACCCGUUAUAGUUUUUGACCUUAGUGAUAAUAAGGCAGAUAUCAGCGAGUCAACAUAUGAUUUCAAUCUUAAAUCACGACAGAGAAUAUCGAGACCACUCUCUUGUGACAGGGACAUAUCGACUUUGAUACAAGGUCAAAGCCUCGAUAUGAACAUGAAGACGUGUCUUUUAGUUUCUGCUGUCCUGUUAGUGGGCGUGGCUUAUUAUGUAUAUUACCCUUUCCCACCUGACGCUGACGAACCGUGGAAACAGAUGAUGUCAAUGGUCUUUAUACGAACGAUCAAUCAUGUGUGUAACUUUGAAGAAAACAUUGGCUAUUCAUCAGAAAUACAAUGCAGACAAUGGUUUUCUAGUUUUCUGACUAAAACUCGAGAGGAGCUGAGUGACGCAAAUCUGGAGGUAACAGAACCUUUAUUCGGUGGUGUAAAAGUGAGACUCUAUAUUCCGAAGGAUUCGAACACAGAACGUAGAGGGUUUGUGUAUAUACAUGGAGGAGGAUGGUAUUUGGGAAACGUCGAUACAUUUGACGAGCAGACACGGAAGAUAGCCCAGGCUUUAAAGGCAGUAGUAGUAUCCAUUGAUUACAGACUUGCCCCGGAACACCCGUAUCCAAUACCGCUAGAGGACUGUAUCCAUGCCACGACACAUUUUCUGAGAUAUGCCAAAGAUUAUGGAGCAGACCCAACGAGAAUAGGGAUAGGAGGUGACAGUGCAGGCGGAAACCUUGCUAUGGCAGUAGCAUUGAAACUAGCAAAAUCAAGGGAAACAACUCUUCCACCUCUACGUACUUUGUCACUUGUGUACCCUGCACUACAGAUGGCGGAUUUCAACCUACCUUCAUACAUCACCUACACAGACGGGCCGUUCUUACUUACGAAACGUUUAAUGAUUUCCGCCUGGCUUAUUUACGCAUUCGGCCACGAGGAACAUUUUCCUUUGUUCUUCAAUAACAGCCAUUUGUCGCCUAAGUCAAGAAAUAACAUUAGACAUUACCUUAAUGAUACAUUGCUUCCGGAAAAUGACAGUCAGAGACAACUUCAGGACAAUGCUUAUUCUGACGAAGGAUUAGCUAGAGAUAUAGAAAGUGUUGUAUCUAACCAGUUUAUUUCACCGUUACUAUCACCUGACGAAGAUUUACGGAAAUUACCGAAGAUGCUUUUAUUCACAUGCCAAUAUGACCCGCUUACAGACGAAGGAAGAAUUCUUGUCAAACGUCUUAGCAAACUUGGGAUUCCCAUUGUUUAUAAACAUUUUACUGGCGUUCAGCACGGUUUCUUGUCUUCAAAGCUUGUGGUCACGAUGAAAGGGAGACAAGCGUUUACUGACUAUGUAGAGUUUUUGGAAAAGGAGCUUUAAAUGAUGUCGUCAUAAUUCGAAAACAGUUAUUCCUGACUUCGUAUUUCAAUAAUCCAUCAAUAAUACUCUAAAGAUCUACCAAACACAUGAAUAUAAGCUCCCCAUGCUUAGAUACGAAAGUAACUAACAACAGUUAAGGGAUAUUAUGUGGUAUCAUCAACAUACAUCUGGAUUAGUAACAAGGCGUUCCGCCUGAGUGUUAAUAAAAACAUACAUUCUA